GGCAUCUAUUCGUAAGGCAAAGCAAAUUCAACCGGCUCAAUUUCAACGUGUGGCCAGUAAAUUAUUUAAAGCUAACAAUAAAGAAUAUAGUGCCAAAUUCGUGAAAUUAGCUACUGAUAUUAGUAAUAUAGACCAAACCUCUAUAUAUGCAAUAGUAGAAUACACUAAAGCCUUCUAUCAAUUUUUAAUUGACGAAAUGCCACAGCAUUGGGUAAGCACUCCCACUUUAUUACGAUGGAAUAAUGAAAUAACAGCUUUGUCUUUUAAUCAAAAUCAUCCCAUAGAAGCCUCUUCUAGAUUUUAUGGCUACGGUAUUAUGAACAGCAUUAGUAAAAGACUCGUAAUUACUAUCGUAAAGUUAACAGACUUAUUACACUGCAAUGCUAAAAUGGUUUCAACUAUGGUAUUUGAAGCAUGCCAACAAAAAAGAAUUAACCCCAAAAAAUGUUAUUUUUGGUUAACUGAUAAUACAGCCUAUAUGUCUUCAAAACUUAACAGUGCAGUUGCUAAAUUCAACUUAUUAGCAACUUCUAAGUCAUUCUGGAUUCCUUGCAGAUUGCACGCAAUCUACAUUUCUUUAAUAAAUUUUGAAAAUAUGGCGUUUGGAAAAAUAAAUGGUAUUAAAAGAUUAUCAUUAAAAGAACAUCCUCACAAUUUACUUUAUCUUGCUUUUCAUCUUCAUGAUAGUUAUAAUGUUUCAGAUAAGGAUAGCCUAUUAAAUCUAAAAUCUGAAAUAUUACAUGAGCUCUAUAAAGUAUUAUUUAAUUUUGAAAUGAAUAAAUAUCAACAACCUAUUCGUCAAUGGUGGUUAUAUGAACUUAAAACUGCCAAACAAUAUCUUAAUAGGCGUGAAGUUCAUAUUUGCUUUGCUCAAUUCUUUAUUAAGCAACUUGAAAAUGCCAAAAAUGUUUCAAAGUCAUAUCUAUACAAAUGGCAGAUAUUUUUUAAAUGGCUUAUGGAUACACAACUUAAUCUUCAAAUACAGUGUUUAGUUAAAUUUGAUGAAAAGUUUUACGAACCUAUCUAUAAUUUUCUAAUCAGCUACAAUCCAACUUUACAAAUCUACCAACAAAAUAAUAUAAAUAUUACUCUACUGCCAGGAAAUCAUACUUAUGAAAUGCUGGACAGAUUAUUUGAAGAUGAAUUAGCUGAUGCUAAACGUGAAUUUAAUACAGCAGAUUUAGAGAAUUUUCAUAAAUCUUUAUGCUCUGGAAUAGAAAAUGUAUUAAACAGAUUUAUUAAAUGGAUAGAAACUUGGAUUCAUUUACCUUUGUGUGUUUGUCGAUUAGACAGUGAAAAUGAACCAGAAUUUGUACGUGCUUUUCUUAAAGUAUUUUUUAAUAAAGAUUCUUCAAAAAUUCCUUCUUUGAAGGAGAUUUUUUACACUAACCUUCUAAACAAAGAUUUGUCUAACGGACAUCAAAACACUUUUGGGUUAUUAGAAGCAUUAUCGCAACAUGAUUUUCUUGAGAAAUUCAAAGCAUUUGCAGAUUCUGAUAUA